AUGACGGAACCGCGUAUGCGCCUGCGCCAAAAAGGCCAGCAAUUCCCCACGCAAGACUUAGAAGCCUUCCUCCUCGCCUUCGGCGACAACGACUACCCCCUCCCGGAAACCGUCCGCGUCCUCGACGAAAUAAUAACAGACUACAUCAUCGAAACCUGCCACGAAGCCGCGUCGGUGGCGCACCACGCGCGGCGCGCAAAGAUCAAGCUCGACGAUUUCAAGUUUAUGCUACGCCGCGACACGGGGAAGCUGGGGAGGGUGAGCGAGAUGCUGGAGACGGAUAAGGAGUUGAAGAGGAAGAGGAAGGCGUUUGAUACGGAUGAAGGGGCCGUGCUGGCGGAUAGGGAGAGGGGUGGGGAGAGAGCGGGGGAAGGGGCAGGCAAGGAGGAUGGCGGAGGGUUGGAUGGCGGCAAGGCAAGGGGGAAGGAGGAGGAGGAGAGGAGGAGGAAGAAGAAGAAGAAGAGGAGGGAGGAAGAAGGAGGAGGGGGGAAGGUUGCGUGA